AUGCAACCCUCUCCGAAACCCACAUGUACUCUCCUCCUCAUCCUCACUUUCUCCAUCCUCGCUCUCUACACCGCCCUCCUCCGCCACCACCACCGCAGCCCUCCUCCCUCCGCCUCCGCCGCCGCCGCCGUCGGUUACUCCCGUGACACCCUACGCUUCCGCGGCACGUUCCUCUCCACCGCCAGUAACUACACCGUUUCCACCUACCUCCGCCAUCUCACCCUCCGCCCCCACCUUGCCGGAACCCCCCCUUCCCUUUCCGCCGCCGACUACGUCCGGUCCCAUUUCCAGUCUCUCGGCCUGGAAACCCGCACGGCCGACUUUUCCGCCCUCCUCUCCUACCCCACGCGCUCGUCCCUGUCGGUGCACUUUAGCAACGGCACCGCGCUCGCCUUCCCCGUCUCGGAGCCCGGCGCCGCCGAGGACAGCGGCGUCGUUCCGCCUUACCACGCCUACUCCCCCUCCGGCUCCGCGUACGGAGAGGCGGUUUUCCUCAACUACGGCCGGGAGGAGGACUACCGCGCGCUAGGCGUGGAGGUUGGUGGCUGCGUCGGGGUAGUCCGCCGGGGGUCGGGGAUGUCGAGAAACGAAGUGGCGGCGACUGCGGCGGCUCACGGGCUGUCGGCGGUAGUGAUGUACACUGAGGGAGAGUACAGGGAAGGGUUUGAGAGGGGGACGGUUAUGAAGGGUUUGGGGGACCCGCUGAGCCCCGGUUGGGCUGGAAUUGAAGGCGGCGAGAGGCUCGAGCCGGAAGACCCGCGGGUGACGGAGAGAUUUCCCGGCGUGCCGUCGUUGCCUAUUUCAGAAGCGGCGGCAGAGAUUAUUCUCGGGUCGUUAGAGGGGAAGAGUCUGCCCCGUGAGUGGAGGGAAGGGUUACCGAGCGGCGCUAGCAGAAUUAACCGGGCUGGGCCCGGCCCAACUAUGCUCAACUUCACAUAUGAGGGUGAGAAAAAGAUGGCAAGCAUACAUAAUGUAUUUGCUGUCAUUAAAGGACUGGAAGAACCCGAUCGAGUGGUUCUUCUAGGAAAUCAUAGAGACGCGUGGACUUAUGGUGCAGUCGACCCGAAUAGCGGGACAGCUGUUUUGCUAGACAUUGCACGAAGGCUUUCUCUUCUCAUGCGCUCGGGUUGGAGCCCGAGAAGAACAAUCAUUCUUUGCAGCUGGGACGCCGAAGAAUUUGGAAUGAUUGGAUCUACAGAAUGGGUAGAACAGAACCUUAUUAAUCUCGGUUCGAAAGCAGUCGCAUACAUUAAUGUGGAUUGUGCGGCCCAAGGGCCCGGCCUUUUUGUCAGUGCAAGCCCACAGCUAGAUGACCUUCUUGUCGAGGUAACAAAGCAGGUUAAAGAUCCCGACUCGAAGAAUACAUAUCUACAUGAACGGUGGACAGCUGCAAGCAAAGGCAUCAAAAAGAUUGAGAGGCUUAGUAGGGCCGAUUCAGAUUUUGCUCCAUUUUUGCAGCAUGCCGGGAUCCCAUCUGCCGACUUAUACUUUGGAAGUGACUUUCCGGUUUAUCACACGGCUUUCGACUCAUAUGAUUGGAUGAUCAGAUAUGGAGACCCCUUAUUUCAUCGACACGUGGCUAUGGCAGGAAUAUGGGGACUUAUUGCGCUUAACCUGGCCGAUGACCUGAUUUUGCCUUUUAAUUACUUAUCAUACGCCAAUGAAUUGCAGGAGUAUAAUAAUGUCCUCGGCACUUUGUUAGACGGGACCAUCUCGUUGAGUCCCAUUACUGCCGCCAUCCGAGAAUUCACUUCUGCUGCAAAUGAGACAGAGGAAGAAGUUCAGAAACUGAGGAUGUGUCGGGAUGUAGAUGAAUCUACGGUUUUAAGGAGACGAGCAUUAAAUGAUCGACUAAUGCUUACCGAGAGAGGGUUUUUGGACUCGGAGGGGCUACCGGCUAGGCCAUGGUUCAGGCAUCUCAUAUACGGGCCACGUGGGAACCAGGAAAGUAAAAUCGAUUUUUUUCCCGGGAUAGCCGAUGCAAUAUCACGGAAAAGUAACGACGAGCAAAGGGAGGCUGCUAUAAGGCACGAGAUAUGGAGAGUGGCUCGGGCCAUUCGGAACGCGGCCUUGGUUUUGAGAGGUGAAUUCACAUGA